AUGACAGAUCAAAAAGAUAGAUGGUCUGCCAACGCAUACCAACACUCGGCUUCUUUUGUUCCCAAGCUUGCGACAAAAGUUAUUUCGUGGUUAGACUUGCAGAAGGAUGAUAUUCUCCUCGACAUCGGCUGUGGUGAUGGCAUAUUGAAUGCCGAAUUUGCCAAGAUCCUUUCGCAGGGGAACGGCUCAAUGCAUGGUAUCGAUAGCUCGGCAUCAAUGAUCAAGGCUUCCCAAGAACUGUGCAAGGAUAAUCAGAAUUCCACAUUCGAAGUUCUGGACGCUACGCAACUUAUCUCAAAACCAGAGCUUCAGAAAGGCAGCUUCACCAAAGUCUUUUCCAAUGCAGCUAUGCACUGGAUUCUACGUCCCGAAGAGACUCGCGCCCAGUUCUUCGACGGGGUAUAUGCUUCACUGGCUCCUGGCGGCACCUUCGUCUUCGAGAUGGGUGGCUUUGGCAACGUUUCGGAGAUGCGCGCUGCAAUCCUAAGCUCCAUAGCUCGACGAGUGGGUAUGGAGAAAGCUCUCGCAGCAGACCCCUGGUUCUUCCCUGAUGAAACAUGGAUCACGAGUGCCCUUGAAGCAGCGGGUUUCAAGGUUGAGCGAGCAGAGCGCGAGUGGCGGCCAACUCCAGCCGACAAGGGGGGCGUUGAGGGUUGGACCAGGCUGAUGGCAAGUCAAUUGCUGGAUGCCGUCACUGAUGAAAAGGAACGAGAAGAGGCAGCAAAGGAAUGUGUUGAUGUGCUUCGUGAAGUGUGUCGUAACCCUGGUGGUGGAGAAACAAUACACUAUGUCAGAUUGAGGGCUAUAGCUCAUAAGCCCGCGUAG